AUGUCCAACGAGGGCGCUUAUUUGUCAUUCAAACGUGCCUUUGAUGAGCAACGUUGUGAAAUACAGCGUCUAUAUGACCGUGUGGCAAAGCUUGAAGAGGCCAACUCCAAGGUUCUGACAUAUGUGAAACAGACGGGCAACCUUCCUUUGUUAGAUGGCGGAACGAUAAAAUGUCAAGUAACACCUGACGCGCAUCGGCAGUCAAAUGAUGUAUCACAAAACAGUGCCACUGAUGAGAAUUCAAACCUUUCUUCAAAAAGUGUGUUCCACUCAGCUCGAAUGUCAGAAAGGUGUGGAACGCCGGAAAUAUCAGCUAUCGUUGGGCAACAGACGAAGGAGGUUGAAAGAGCUCUGAACAGUCUUGAUCUGGAACCUGUAAAACGUAUGCAAAUACUUAACCAGAUACAGUCCAAUCUGUCUGCUAUACUGUACUCGCAACUGGCAUCGUCGGAUAUAGGAUCUGGAGCAUCGCCAAACGCUCUUGACAUCAAUACUUCCAACCCCUCCUAUCAUACGCCAUUUAUGAACGGCUCCACCGCUCUUUCUUGGGGUGAUGANGGCUCCACCUCUCUUUCUUGGGGUGAUGAAGUGACUAUCACGGGCAUGCAGCCCCCCAUCAAAUCACCCGGUCCUGUUGCUGAACACCGUCCGAACUCGAGCCGAGAUGUCAUUACAACAGAUCCUGCUGGUUCACGCACACCGGCCACUCCAACGCCACCACCGCUGCCAGCCCUGGUCUUGUACACAAGACGACUUAUUAAUAUUGUUUCGCAACUGCUAUUUUCCCAGGAUGUUCAAGAGAGACGUCGUCAAGAAUUACAUCGCACUAAUUUACGGAUGCAUACAGCCAUGCGCGAUCAAAACAGGGAGGCCACCGUAAACACAGAUAUGGCUGAGGAGCCUACACCAGUACCUGUCGGUCGCUCUUCCAUUGUACCUUUUCUACAAAAUCUUCCUGUGCCAUCUCCACGAACGAAAUCAACCUUUGGUUCUGUGCCUGGGUCGGGAGAUGAAACCCAUCCCAGUCCUGUAUCCACUCUGCGUGCGCUCAACGCUAAGGAAUAUACGGGCACAAAGGUAUCCAUGGCCUUCUGUUUUAAUGUUCCAAGUAUACUUUCCUCACAUUACAUCACCGGAAGCCAGUUCCUUCGUCUUGCCCACAAUAGCAUACGCUCUCUCCUAUUCAACAAAUCCUGGAACACCCGCGAAUUCAUUUGUCCGUGUAAAAGUGAAGCAACCUGUCCUCUGAAUCCAGCCAAGCGGUGUCGUUUUGCUAACGAUAGUCGUGUCGCCCAUGGGUUUACGUUACUCGCUGCUGCUUUUCGUGGUCGUUUCAUUCGUCAGCUGCUUGCCACGCACAAAGUUUUCGAUUUAAUACGCACAGUAAAGGAUUCUGCAAAACUUGCCUUGUCUAUCCACGUGGAACGUGCAGCCUUGGGCUCAAAGAUCAACGAGCAAAAACCUUCCGAAUUUGGAUUACAGACGGACAGAUAUGAUCGCUUUUCAAAUGAAGAGCUGGCCCUAGAAUCCCGUCUACUCGCUCAGCUUCGAGGAGCACUCGUUCAAUUGCAUGAUAUUUUCUUUUCUUGGCCUCUAACUAGCCAGAUUGAGUUGCUGAACGUCUCACGUUCAUUGCCUCAACGCAGUAGACGCCCACUCGGCAAGUCCGGCAUUCCCCUGGAAGAUCAACAUUCUCCAGGUGCUAAGUCGGACUCAUUCGCAGACGACUGGACUGCACGAGAUCAUUGUGAUCAUCAACGAAAGCGAAAGCCCAGUGGGCUUCGAUGUUCCCAGAGCCAAAGCGAACCGGAGGAAAAUGGAAAAACUAGGCCACUCAGGGAGCUCCAGUUUGACCAAGUUAAUCGAUUCCGUACGCAGGUCGUGGCCAGAUCACCCAAAGACAGAACACAAGAAAAGCUACUCGAUCUCGGUGUCAAGCCUGGCUGCACUUGCCUACGACGACAAAUUGAUGGUGCCAGAGCAGCUGAAUCCGGGUCUAGACGAAACGCUCACCCCGGAACCAACCAGACAAUCCACUCAUUGCGCAACAAGCCAGCCGGACCAACCGAACACCACAGGCAGUGUUGGGGUUCAAGGCAGCCAGCCGACGCCGUUUCAAUACACUCCCGUUCGUCUGUACACUCCGCCCCCGCUGGAUCAUUUACCUCAAGGUACACCAGUUCCGAAUCCUCGGUCUCCUGCUCUGCAUCCACAACCCGGACACGCGUCCCUCUUUCAUCUUCACCAGGUGUUGCAACAUCUACUAGUGGAACGCCAAACUCUCAAUAUGUCAUCCGAAACUCUGGUCGCAUUUUGUCCACGUUUCAGUCGCAGUCAACAGCGAUCCACGCCAGUACGUCUACAAAAAGUAAAGCUCACUCGCCGCUCGGGAAGCGAGUCGAUUGUCGGGACCAUAAAAAGGCGUCCCUACUCGUGCAGGGUAGAUCCACUAAAAGUGAAACUCAGGUGGAUGACCAAGAAGCAAUUUGGGUCGAACAAUCACCAUGCCAGUUCACCAAAACUUCACAUGCCGCACCACUCACGCGAAAAGUCGCACUCCUUUCCAAGCUUGAGCGGAAUUCGGACGUCAAAGCUUCUACAGGCCCAGCACUUAGGACUGAUGGCUCCGUCCGUCAUGCAUCGGUUUUGCGUGCAGCAUCUGCUCGUCACAUGGCGCCGACAUUUUCAGGUAUCUUCAAAGCAAUCCUCAAGCCUCGACACCCAGUCUAUCUGGCCGCGUUCAACGUCCGCACUCUGAAGCAAGCAGGACAACAAGCUGCUCUUGCGCUCGCACUGGAGUCUCUUGGCACUGAUCUGUGCUGUGUCUUAGAAACGAGAAUUCAAGAUGCGAGCACAGUGGUUCAGCUAACUGCUCCGUCGGUCUUUACUCACUUCCGGCUGCACACCUCUGAUGAUCCAGAGGCUUCUGCGGCUGGUUGUGCAGGGGUUGGUAUCGUCACCGGGUGGAAGUAUCCUUGCCUAACUGGAUACCUGUUGGUAGUCGCCUCUGUGCGGUUCGUCUGGCAACGUUUGCCAUUCCAGCCGAACGUUGAUCGUCAACCCUUUAGUUUGGGUCAAGUCAGCGGUGGACUGGUGGAACGACCGAUGGUGCGGGCGGGAAAUGAAGGGAACAUCUCCGAACGAUCAAAUCAAUCGUCCAAUCACAAUCGAAGACCGAUUUCCGGACAGCUGGGCCAGCGACGCUUAGGCGUCACUGAUCCAGAAGCUACUGGGGGUUGGUAUCCUGUACGACGCCGGAUUGUCGCCUCAUAUUGUCCUAAUUCAUUUGCCGACACGGCCGAUUUCAUUCCUUACGAUUCCUCAACACGCUUGGAGCUUCAUCCGAACACACCCAGUAACCAUCAAUCGUACCAUCCGAGUGUCGCGAAUUCGAUAAACACACCAGACGUUUCUGGGGACGACUGCGUAGUUCCCGUUCGGCGUCUUAACCGCUGGGGAAAUGAGGAAGCUGAUAUCAAUUGCCAUUGAUGAACUUUUCACUAGUUCUCAUCAACGGCUGUUGUGUACAUAGAUGUAAGGGUAUUGGGCACCCCCUUCAAACCAUAGACUGCGGCUCAAUGGCUCCCGUUUAGACAGUGUAGACUGUACAUAGCUUCACUUCGCAGUCCAACCUGUAAACCUCUGCGCGUUUUCGAAUCCCUAUUCAUUCUCCCAUAGUGUGCUCAUAUUGCUUUUCUCUGCACAUAUCACUCAAGCAAAUAAUUCCUGGGGCAGUGACAGGCACAGUUUGCUCCAUGUAUUGUGUUUAAUCCCGGUGAAACAACCAACGACUGACCAGCA